CAUCCACUCUCACAUUCAGUUGCUUAGAUUCCCUUCUCCCCCUUUUCAUCAGCUCCAUGGAUUCUCAAUUCUAUAAUGACUACUCACUCCCUUCUGAAUUUUCUGGUUACCCAACUCCGGCUGUGGUGACUGGUUGCGGUCCAGUUAUGAGGGGAGCAAUGUGGAGUACAAGUAGUAGUGAAGAAAACCUGGUACCAAUAUUCUGUGACAACAAUGGUGCAGCUAGUUUUGAUACCGUGUCACCGGAGUCCGACAUAUCUUCGUGUGCCAUGGGGGCGGCAGUAACGUUCCCGGAGCUACUUGGGUUCCCAGAAGACGCUGUGGCGCCUGUUUCUUUUUCGGAGUAUAAUCAUCUGGGGUUAAAUGGAAUUGCAGGGGUUACUCGGAGUUUUGGUGGUGGAGAUUCUUAUCUCCAACUGUACAAUAAAGGUAAUAUCAUUGGUGAUCAGUUUGGGGAUCAGGAAUGUUGUACUGGAUUCAUGCCUGCUAAUUCUAAGCCUCUUGGUCUUGCAGUUCAAGAAAAUUGGGGAUUGAAUCAAGGGAACCAGGUGCCUACAAUGGAAGAUCAAUCGACAAAUAUGAAGGUGGGACGGUAUUCAGAAGAAGAGAGGAAAGAAAGGAUUGAGAGGUAUAUAAAGAAAAGAAACCAACGGAACUUCAACAAAACCAUUAAGUAUGCUUGUCGCAAAACCCUAGCAGAUAGAAGAGUCCGAGUUCGUGGGAGAUUUGCAAGGAAUAGCAGUAAUGAACAGCUAAUUAUUAAUGAAGAUUCAACUCAUCAAGAAAUGGCACCAAAAAAGAUUGACAGCGAUUGCAAUAAUCAUGCUUACAAUGACAGAUCUGAACAAUUGUAUUGUAGCGGCGGUGCUGUCCAGAUCAAAUAUGACGAGGAGGACUGGCUGCAAGAAGCUAUGGCAAGUCUAGUGUACUAAUUACCUUAUGUCACUGCCGCUUGAGAUUUGAUACAAAUGUAUAGUGCAGCUAGCUUUAAAUAGUAAUUAACUAUGUCUAUCUAAUGGGUUAAAUGAGGAGAUUGAUGUUUGAAGAGGGCAUUGUCCUUGUAGAUGCUAAGUUUCUAGCUAUAGCAAUGAUCUAGUUAACGAGCUAGUUACUUAGCGUUUGUUAUUGAAAAAUAUGAAU